AUGCUCCCUUUGAUCACUCAGAAUGAAGAUAUUAAGAAGAUGCAGACACCGGUUUCACGGAAUAAUCGGAUUGAAAGGAUAGCUGAAAAGGAGGCGUCUAUGAGCAAAUCAGAUGCAGAAUCGCUAGCACCCUCUCUUACCAGCAUUAUAGUUCCAAAAUCAAAAUUUCUAGCUAGAAGUCAGAAGAAUGAUAUUAAAAUUCAUCUCAGCUGCAGUGAAUCUAUGCGUCAGACUCAUUAUAAUAAGCUCGUCUCUGCUGUGACCAAGUUUGAUACUCAGAGGAUUAGGAAAGCUAUAAAGGAAGGCAAGAUCAGGAACCUUAUCCGAACCGAGAAAGAUAAUCCCUCACUCCUUGGGAAUAUAAAUCAAACUAAUUUGGAGAAGAAAAAUGAAAAGAAAAGACAUAUCGAUAGCCCAGACGAUUCUAAAAUACUCAAGGCGAGGACGAAGAACAAGGAGAUCGUCUCAAGGACUGCUUUGGGAGAGACUAAAUUCACCCCAAAAUUCGUUAAGCCAGUUACUAAUUUAAGAAUUCCUACUAGAUCUGUGGAACGUCGAGGCAAAGAUCCUCUUACUCCGUUUGAAAUGAGGCUGAUCAAGGAGAAGAUCUCUGUCUCCUCUGUUGGUAAUAAAAAGAGAUCAAUGCCUCAUAACAACAUAGGAAGUACUUUUGACCACACGCAAUUUAAAGAAAUGCGAAUAGGGGACAAAAAUUUAUCACCAAGACUUGAAGAAUUCUUGAUGAAUAAGAAAACUCAAAUUUCCCAGAUAAUGACAGAUUCAGAGCAGAAAAAGAGCGAGAUAUCUGAAUAUCCUGAGCGAAAAUUUGCCAGGCUGAAGGAACCAUCCUUUGAGAACAUCCACUCUUCCAAGAGACUGGAUGCUCUGACAGGAUAUGCAACUGAAAGUAGUCAAGAUAGAGCUCAGACGUUCCAGACUCCUCUUCUGAAGAAAGAUCUCGAAACUUUUCACUUUAAAAUAGAUCUUAACAUUGAUAGUGUUAAGUUUAAAUAAAGAGCUUCAUAUUGUAGAAGAGAUGAAUACUUUGGAUGAGGCUAAGACACUACGUGAAUCUCGGAACAAAAAGUUCUUGUCCAAAGUCCAUGAAGAGAAUAAGAGCAUUAUGCGAACGAAUAAGAGAAAAGGUUUUCCAGUCAUGCCGCAAGAUUCCGAAAUCAGUAGUGAUUCCAUUGAGGAGGCACCAGAGUUUGUGCUAGAGAGCUCGAAAUGUUUCUGGAAGAAUAGGCCUAAAAAUAAGAAAGGAUGUGCUGUCACUUCUGAUCAUUGUAAUAAGGCAAUAAUUUGCCCAAAAACAUUCGAUCAGAAGUUCAUGAAUUAUUUAAGAAUUGAUUACCCAAAGGGGUAUUGGAACGAAAGAAAUACUAUCGAGAAGUACCAUGAAAUCCUCGAUGCAGCUGUAGAUCCUCUUGAUGAGACAUAUGACAAGAGACAACUGCUAUUCGACUGUACUAGACUCCUGAGAACAAUCAUUAAGCCUGCGUUCACUGGAAGCUGUAGCCAGGAGAUUAACCUGCUAGACUCAUCAUUUGUGGAUGAUCUUCUUGAGCAGAAAAAUUCGAGAGGCAUUGAUUUCAGCAGGAACUUUUGUAAACAAGAGCUGGACCUGAUUCAAGAGUAUGAACAAGUUAUGAAGCAGAUUCAGUAUAAGAAUAUUCAGAGAGCUUUCUGGAAGCCUCUUAGAGAGGCUUCUGGAAUGAUUCCUCCUUCACUUGAAGGGGCUACAAUGACCUUUCACAAUGAAAAGCUCUAUGUGUAUGGAGGAUUUGGAACAUAUGUGUAUAAUGAAAUCAGGUGAUUCGAUCUUCGCAAGAAAUGCUGGAAUACUAUUACCCCUAAAAAUGACAUCUAUGAUGUUCCUUUUGAGAGAUUUGGACAUUCCAUGAUAAAGUAUAAGGAAUAUUUUCUUGUUUUUGGAGGAGCAGGUAAAUUUAACAAAAGAGCUAAUAUGAGAGUUUCAUAUAAAGAUCUAAACUGAUACGAUAUUUCUAAAGAAAAAUGGGUUCCUAAUUUUGACAAAAAUAGCCCAGCAGCUUCGAAGCCUGACCAAAGAAUGUAUCACGCUAGUGCAAUCUUUGGUCACAUCAUGUUUAUCCAAGGUGGAAUCAAUACCGAAGACAAGAAGUGCUAUGGAGACCUCUACCUCUAUGAUUGUCAUGAUUCAAAAUGGGUUGAGCUCUACAACCCUAGUAUCUUUACUGAGUCUAAAAUUGGUAAAAGAUGUAUGCACACUAUGACAACAGUUAUCUCUAAAGCUUCUAAGAUGAGGUAUACCUCAACUAUUUGGAAAUAAGCAUACGAAAGAGGCAUCAAACUCUCUCAGCUCGAAAUACUGGGGAAUCUACAUGUUUGGAGGUUUUGUUGAGGGAAAAGGCCAAACCAAUGACCUCUUUCUGAUCAAGCCAAAACAUAGGCUUUAUAAAAAGAAUGAAGAUGUUGAGUUGAAUGUUGAAAUUAACUUGUUAAAGCCAGCUGGGAAGCCUCCUGUUCCUCGAAUUCUACACUCAUCAUUAUUUCUAAGUGAGAAAUAUUUGUUAAUCUAUGGAGGCAAGAGUGAUAUUGCGUUCAAUAAAAUAAAGAAUUUGGCACUUAAUGACAUCUGUCUCUACGAUAUUGAGAAUAACAAAUGGGAUACACUAGUGACAUACGGGUUCCAUCCAAUGUCUAGAUGGAGCCAAUGAAUGUGACCCAUCAGUGAUGACACCAUCAUCAUGUUUGGUGGCACAAAUCUUGAAUCCUACUGUCCUUCUACUCUGCACGUUCUGGAUUUCAACAAUGUCCGUUUGACUAAAUUUGUGAAGAAAUUUGAGUCAGGAAAUAAACAUUUGAAGGUGAAAAGGAGACAAGUUUUAAAAGAGAAAUAAAAUCCUAAUGUUUCAAUAUAA